AUGAUUAAGCAAAUCCUGGGCAGGUUACCCAAGAAGCCGGCCAAGUCCGGGGAGAAGGAUUUCGCCGGAGCCGGCUCGUCGUCCCUGUCAAGCCCCACGGCGGAUGCAAGAACCACCACAGAUUUGACCAUGUCUAGUAGGAUUGGCAAUCCGAACAAUUAUGUCACGAAUCCUGGGCAGAGUUACAGCAACAGGAACGCUGGUGUUGGUGCGGGUGCCAGCAAUGGUUUCAUGGCCCCGCCUGUGUAUGAGCCGCUCCCGAGCUUCCGGGAGGUGCCGCCUUCCGAGAAACCUGCCCUGUUCCUCAGGAAGCUCUCCAUGUGUUGCGUGGUCUUCGACUUCUCGGACCCCACCAAGGACGUGAAAGAGAAGGAGGUCAAGAGGCAAACAUUGCUUGAGCUGGUGGAUUAUGUCACCUCUGCCACCGGGAAAUUCCCAGAGUCUGUCGUGCAAGAGGUCGUCAACAUGGUAUCCACAAACUUGUUCCGGGGCCCCAACCCCGCCCCAAAGGAGAACAAGGUAAUCGAGUCAUUUGAUUUGGAGGAGGAAGAGCCUGUCAUGGACCCGGCAUGGCCUCACCUGCAGAUUGUCUUCGAACUGUUCUUAAGAUUUGUUCAGUCUCCAGAGACAGAUGCUAAGAUGGCCAAGAGAUAUGUUGAUCAGGGUUUCAUUCUCAGGCUGCUAGAUCUCUUCGACUCAGAGGAUCCUAGGGAAAGGGAGUAUUUGAAGACAAUACUUCACAGGAUAUAUGGGAAGUUCAUGGUGCACCGUCCAUUCAUCAGGAAGGCAAUUAACAAUAUAUUCUACAGGUUUAUAUUUGAGACAGAAAAGCAUUAUGGGAUUGCAGAGCUGUUAGAGAUUCUGGGCAGUAUAAUCAAUGGUUUUGCUUUGCCUCUCAAGGAAGAGCAUAAAUCGUUUCUAGUCCGCGCGCUGAUUCCACUCCACAAACCAAAAUGUGUUAGCAUGUAUCAUCAGCAACUGUCAUACUGUGUCACUCAGUUCGUUGAGAAAGAUUGCAAGCUUGCUGAUACCGUUAUAAGGGGUCUACUUAAGUAUUGGCCAAUCACAAAUAGCUCAAAGGAGGUGAUGUUUUUGGGUGAGUUAGAGGAAGUAUUGGAAGCUACUCAGUCAGCAGAAUUCCAGAGAUGUAUGGUGCCACUUUUCCGACAGAUUGCCCGCUGUUUAAAUAGCUCUCACUUUCAGGUGGCAGAGAGAGCUCUGUUUCUGUGGAACAACGAUCAUAUUGAGGGUUUAAUCAAACAAAACAGCAAGGUGUUACUGCCCAUAAUCCUUCCUUCGUUAGAACGAAAUACAAAAGGUCAUUGGAAUCAGGCAGUGCAAAGCUUGAGUCUUAAUGUUCGCAAAAUAUUCUUGGACCAUGACCCUGUACUCUUUGAGGGGUGCCUGAAGAAGUUUCAGGACGAUGAAGCUCAAGAAGGUGCGAUGCGAUCAAAACGUGAUGCCACAUGGAAGCGCCUAGAGGAAAUUGCCUCGUCAAAUCCACAAGCAGGGAGGCCACAGGCAAUAGCUCAUCAGCAGAGUUCUUCUACCUAA